AUGGUGGUUGAACGCGACUGGCAAUACGACUAUAAGAAGCCUGCGCAGCUCCUUCACACUGUAACACUUUGUCAUCCCUCGAACGCAGCUCACAAAGACCAGAAACACUUUGCUGCUUCGACAAUGGCGAUCACACAUGGGCGUAAGAUGAGCAACGAAGAGUUCAAGAAGUGGCUGGCAACAUUUGACGCCAACAAGGACGGGAGAUUUAGCAAGGAGGAGCUCCGGCAUGCCAUCCGGGCCACCGGUGCAUGGUUCCCUUGGUUGAAGGCCCACAAGGCAGUGCAUGCAGCAGACACCAACGGUGAUGGUUUCAUCGACGAGAAUGAGAUGAACACCCUUGUGGACUAUGCAGAGAAACAUCUUAACGUACGUCAUAUAAAAGUCUAUGACAAUGAAGAGAAGAUAUCUUCACCAGAAGAAAUGAAUCUCAGGCAGGCGAAAGCAGCUAUUGAUCAAGAUGAUAAAUCCGUGAAUGGCUGCAUGUAA